AGGUGACAGCUGAGUGAGUUGAGGAAACUCCCCAGAAACCUGUUUGUCUGCUUCCUGGCCAAGCUGGGGCUCCCACUGCAAAGAGAGGGACCUGGCUGGACAUGGCCUCGGCCCUGAGCCCACCCCGGGCCCCAAAGCCCAAAGGUGUGCCACCUUCACACUACUAUGAGAGCUUCGUAGAGAAAAAGGGACCCUGCGACCAGGAUUACAGGAAGUUCUGGGCAGGCCUCCAGGGUCUAACCAUCUGUUUCUACAACAGUAACCGGGACCUGCAGCCUCUGGAGAAGCUGGACCUGAGGCUGUUUUCAAAGCUCAAAGAUGAGGCUCCGUGGGGAAGCUCGUGUGACACCACCCAUCACUUCAGUCUGGUUCUCCGGGACCAGGAGGUCAAAUUCAAGGUCGAGAGCCUGGAGUCUCGCGAGAUGUGGAAAGGAUUUAUCCUGAUUGUGGUGGAGCUUCGUGUCCCGUCUAACCUGACCCUGCUGCCUGGACACCUGUAUAUGAUGGCCGAGGUCCUGGCCAAGGAGGAGGCCCGGAGGGCGGCCGAGGUGCCCUGGUGCUUUCUGCAGGUGAGCAGGCUAGAGGCGCAGCUGCUCCUUGAGCGCUACCCCGAGUGCGGGAACCUGCUGCUGCGGCCUGGCGGGGACGGCAAGGACACUGUGUCUGUCACUACCCGGCAGAUACUCAAUGGGUCUCCCGUGGUCAAACACUACAAGGUGAAGCGGGAGGGUCCUAAGUAUGUGAUCGACGUGGAAGACCCUUUUUCCUGCCUCUCGCUGGAAGCUGUGGUCAACUAUUUCGUGACGCACACCAAGAGGGCGCUGGUCCCUUUCCUGAUGGACGAGGACUAUGAGAAGGUUCUAGGCUUCGUGGACUCGGAUCGGGAGAAUGGCGAAAGUGUCUGGGCUGUGCCCUCCUCCCGAGGCUCAGGCCCUGCUCUCCACGCUAGUGUCCCGAAGCCACUCCCACCUGUGCCUGUGUCUGUACCCAGCCAGGAAGACAAGCUGCCCCCACUGCCUCCCCUGCCUCAGCUUCCGGACCCGGAUGAGAACUAUGUAACCCCCAUUGAAGACCCCCCAACAGCUGAAUACAUGAAUCAGGAUGUGUCUCCCUUCAGUCAGCCACUCCCCCCGAAGCCCAAGAAGCCGGUGAAGCUGCCAGCAAAACCCCCAAAGCCACCAGUUGUACCCAAGCCAGAUCUCAGAGCCAUCACCAGUGUCUGGGCCAGAAAGGCAGGUGGCAGCCCACCCCAGGCUCCCUCCCUCGUGACAAGGCUUGGGGACAUCACGGCUGAGCUGGAAGAGAAACUACAGAAGAGGAGGGCGCUGGAACACUGAUCCUGGUUCCCGGGGACAGGAAGACAGGACACUGCCAGCACGGUGAGGAAACAUCCUCCCAACAUUGAACCAGGAAGACCCCUGGAGGCUUUGGGGCUAGCCUGGGCUGCAUAGUGAGACCUCGUUUAAUAAAGGCAAAAACGAAACUGACGCACCA